AUGGGUCCUCAACGGGUCACCAACGGGUUCCCCAUCGUCACCAACGGGUUCCCCAGGGUCACCAACGGGUUCCCCAGGGUACCGAAUGGGUUCCCCAGGGUACCGAAUGGGUCCCCAAGGGUCCCGGAUGGGUCCCCGAGGGUCCCGGAUGGGUCCCCAAGGGUCCGGAUGGGUCCCCAAGGGUCCGGAUGGGUCCCCCAGGGUCCCAAAUGGGUCCCCGAGUGUCCCAAAUGGGUCCCCAAGGUCCCAGGUGGGUCCCCACGGGUCCCGGAUGGGUCCCCAAGGGUCCCGGAUGGGUCCCCAAUGGUCCCGGACGGGUCCCGAAGGGUCCCGGAUGGGUCGCCAAGGGUCCCAGAUGGGUCCCCAAGGGUCCCGAAUGGGUCCCAAAUGGGUCCUCGACGGUCCCAAAUGGGUCCCCAAGGUCCCGGAUGGGUCCCCAAGGGUCCCGGAUGGGUCCCCAAGGGUCCCGGAUGGGUCUGCAAGGGUCCCGGAUGGGUCCCCGAGGGUCCCAAAUGGGUCCCCGAGGGUCCCGAAUGGGUCCCCGAGGGUCCCGAAUGGGUCCCCGAGGGUCCCGAAUGGGUCCCCGAUGGUCCCCAAUGGGUCCCCGAGGGACCCGAAUGGGUCCCCCAGGGGCCCAAAUGGAUCUCCAAAGGUUCAAAUGGGUCCCCCAAGGUCCCAUUCGUUGUCCCAAGGUCCCAAAUGGGUCUACCAGGGUCUCAAACUCAUAGGGACCCUGGGGACCCAUAG